GUUUGCUAGUUUUUGUUCUCGGAAGAUCUGCGGAAAUUGACCACGGAGGAAAAGCGGAUCGGAGCAGGAGACUGGCAGGAUUUGAUUGGUGAAUGCCAGUAAGGAAAACGAGGUGCUGCCCUCUGAGACAAGCCCAGUGCCUGCCUGCUGCUGCUGUAAGGUGCUGUGAGUCUUGCUGAGACAUCAUGUCCAAUCCUAGUGCUCACCCAACUUAUGAUAAUAAGGAACCCCUCCAGCCACCACCAUAUUCUUACCGAGAACAUCCACCAAAUAGUGGUUACUAUCCACACCUUGGAGGCUAUCCCGAGCCAGUUCCUCCUUUGGAAACAAUACCAAUUAACUUUAGUGGCAUCAAUGGUACAGAAGGGAAUGGGGCUUUCAGUUCAGCAGACUGGGAUGUCAAGAAAGUUCGACAUAAUUUCAUCCGCAAGGUUUACAGCAUCCUCUCAGUGCAACUGCUUGUGACUGUGGGCAUCGUUGCAGUUUUCACUUUUGUCACCCCUGUAAGCAGUUUUGUGCGAAGAAAUGUGGCUGUUUAUUAUGUGUCUUAUGGUGUAUUCCUGGUCACUUAUCUUGUGCUGGCGUGCUGUGAAGGCCCGCGGAGACGCUUUCCAUGGAACAUCAUCCUUCUGUCUAUCUUUACAUUGGCCUUGAGCUUCAUGACGGGCACCAUUGCCAGCAUGUAUGAUACAAAAGCUGUUAUCCUUGCCAUGAUAAUCACAGCCAUAGUGGCUAUAAUAGUCACCAUCUUCUGCUUCCAGACGAAGGUGGACUUCACAUCAUGCACUGGCUUGUUCUGUGUGCUGACCAUUGUCUUCAUAGUAACUGCAAUUAUCACAGCGAUCGUCCUGUCCUUCAAAUAUGUUUACUGGCUCCACAUGCUGUAUGCAGCUAUUGGUGCAAUUGUUUUCACCCUGUUUCUUGCGUAUGAUACCCAGUUGGUGUUGGGCAACAAAAAGUUUGCACUCAGCGCUGAGGACUAUAUCAGUGGAGCCCUCGAAAUCUACAUAGACGUAGUCCGCCUCUUCACCUUCCUCUUGCAGAUUGUAGGAGGUAGAAAGUAGAAGCCCUCCUCUUGUUUCAGGAUUUCUGGCAACUUUCCCCAGAGGACCACAUUUCUUUCUGGGCUUAAUGUUCUGCUGCUUGACUCUUAAUCUACAGCACGUGUGUAGAAGCUACUAAGAGAUUCACAUAGAAGACAGAGAUGCAGCUAUAAAUGAGAUACCAUAGAUAAUGUACAGAAUGUGAAUAUUGACCAUAAUACAUAAAAACCCUGUGUUUCUCUGUUCCUAUAUGUCAAAUCUAUGCUGUAUACAUAAAUGCAGUGUGUAUAUGUUACUGCCUUGGUAUGAUGUAUCAUAUUCAGUUUAUCUUGUAUUUUCAUUGCCAUACAUGACCAAUAUGUAGACACUUUUCCGAAAAGAAAAUCCAAAACUACUGGGCUUCAAUUCA